CUCACGUGGCCGAAGGUCGAGGUUCAAUAUCAUAACCGCUCACUUUAUCGUGCGCUAAAAUGGAAUUGUAUCCAUGACAACCGGCAAACAAUAUAUGCGGGCCGGAGAGAUUAUGACUUCGGCGGCCGCUGUGGCGAGCUCUGUAGAGGUGGGACUGGAGGCUUCAGAUAAGAGGAAGAUGAAAAAGAAGAAAUCUCUCCUCAUUAACCUAACACACUGCAGAUAUGACAGUGUUCGUAGAGUGGCCAGACGCUGUGGUCUCCUACCAACGACUGGUGAUUCAGAUGACUGGACUGUGUUCUGGAUGGACACCUCUGUUCUGAUGGAGAGAGCCAUGGAGAUGAAGAGAUAUCAGAAGAUCAACCAUUUCCCAGGGAUGGGCGAAAUCUGUCGCAAAGACCUUCUCGGCAGGAACCUCUCUAGAAUGAAGAAACUGUUUCCCAAAGAAUACAACAUUUUCCCCCAGACCUGGGUCAUGCCUGCAGACUACAGUGACUUUCAGACCUUUUGCCGACUCAAGAAACACAAAACCUUCAUCUCAAAACCAGAGGCCAGCUGUCAGGGCAGGGGAAUCUCCAUUUUCAAGAACCCGAAGAGCAUCAAACCAGGGGAGCACUGUGUGGUACAGCAGUACAUAUCAAGACCAUUUCUCAUUGAUGAUUUCAAGUUUGAUCUGAGAGUGUAUGUGCUGGUGACCUCCUGUGAUCCACUGCGGGUCUACAUCUAUAGAGAUGGUCUGGGAAGGUUUGCCACCAUUCCUUACAGAGAACCGACUCACCACAAUCUGGAAGAGGCCUGCCUGCAUCUCACCAACUACUCCAUCAACAAGAACAGCCAGGACUUCAUCAGGGACGAUGUCUGCGGCAGCAAACGCAGACUCUCAACUGUCAACCAGUGGUUCUCUGACAACGACUACGACACAGGCAAAAUCUGGGCCACAGUUGACGACGUGAUCAUCAAGACACUGGUGGCAGCUCAUCCUGUUCUGAGACACAACUACAGAUCAUGCUUUCCUUCUCACACUCACGGCUCUGCCUGCUUCGAAAUCCUUGGCUUUGACAUUCUGUUGGACCGUAAACUAAAGGCCUGGCUUCUUGAAGUAAACCACUCUCCUAGUUUCCACACCGACUCUCCACUGGACAAGGAGGUGAAGGAAGGUCUUCUGAGUGACACGUUCCACUUGCUGGACCUGCGGGCCACUGACAGACGGCGCUGUAUGGAGGAGGACAAGAAGAGGGUUCAGCAGAGACUCCUCACUAGACACAGGACAAAGGAGGAGAACUGCAGGGAAGAAGAGGAGAGAGUAAGAAGUGUGCUCCGAUCACAGGCCUAUGAGGAGAGGCACAUGGGAAGGUUUCGAAGGAUCUACCCUGUGAGAGAGAGGGAGGACGACACUUACUGCAGGUUCUUUGAGCAGACCAGCUCCCUGUGUGCUGAGACUGCAGCCUCAAAGGCCAGAAUGGAACUGGCCAGACUACAGGUAACUGAUGUUGGCUCAUACUGUUGCACAUAUAAUGUGCAUAUGUGACCCGCUACGAGAUAUCGAACGAUACCAAACCCCCAGAUGUCCCAUUUCUCAUAACCGGUCACAUAAUAUGUAUCAUAAUACAGAGGCAGGAGAUUGAGGAAAAGGCAAAGGAAGAGGAGAGAAGGAAAACUACACUGGGAGGAAGAGGAGAGAGGAGAGAGAAGGGAGAGGAGAUGGGAGAGGUGCAGGUGGAGGAGCAGAGCAGAGUCAGAGUGGCUGCCAGGAGAAGAGUUCCCUUCAGACUGACCAGCAGCAAGAAGACAGAGCAAACUGCUGGGGCAGGGGAGAGCAGGAAGACCGAGCAACCAGCCACAGCAGAGGAGACUCGGGAGACAUUGGAGUAUGAGGUGAUUGAUGAAGAGGAAGAGAGGGAGAGAUUGGCUGGGCUACAAGUCAGAGAGCGACUGGUCCGGAACCUUGAUCUUCCUCAGACUCUCUCCUUCCUUCUGGCUUCCCCACGAUCUCCUCCUCCCCUCCCCACCUCCACAUUACCACUUCCCAGAAGACACAGCUCCACUCAUCACUGUUCUCACAUCACACAGUCAACUCCACAACCUCUCCUCUCUCUGCACUCCAAACCUUUCGUCACCAAGUCUGGUCCUCCAUUUCGCUGUUGGCAGAGUUCUCUGGAUCCUCUGGAAGCAUUUGGUCUGGUGGUGACAGCUGCUCCUGUCACUAGCAGGCACCCUCCCACUCACAGACCCUAGCAUAGAAUUCACUUUUGAUCAUCAUUUUUGUGCCAUUGUUUAUGGGUUUACGUGCCACCAGUCAAUUCGCUCGUAGAAUGUUAGUAGCUAAUAGUGAAAGAAAAUAGUGUGACAAGUGCAUAACAGUCUAUACUGUCUAGCUCUCGGGCUGGGUCCCUAGCAACUGUUCUUCUUUUUCUCUGAGCUGUCUCUCCAGUCCCUGGGCCUCCAGCACAACUUCUAGUCGUCUCUCCUCUCUUCUUGUCCUCUCCAGAACAGCGCUUCUCCUCUCCAGCUCCCUGUCCAGCAACCCAAUUCUCUGCUGCAGUUUGAAGUUGAGGUAGAGAGAAGCCAGCACUUCAUGGUUGACCUCGUCCACUGAGCUUCCCUCCUCUCUGGCUCUCUUUAUGUCGCCGAACACGCUCACGUGAGCCGGGACGGUAAACACGUUAGAACUGCAGAACUGGAUGAAUUUGUGGAACCAUUUCUCGUCCAGAGAGCGGCUGUAGGAUGCCAGGAGCUGGUCGCAGCCGUCCUUCACCUCCCGCUGUCUCUCUGGCUCGGGGAAUUCGGCCAGCAGUGCGUCUCUGAGGGCACCGACUGCUCCCAGGAACUCAUUGUAACCAACUGCGUAAAUCUCUUCGUACAGACGGUUGGGAUGGAAGCCGAAAUGCUGCCAAGUAACCAGCUCGUCCAUCCACAGCAGUCUCUCGGUGCGCUUCGAGCUCCACCCUCGUAAAGACCCGCCCACUAAUCGUGA